ACAGAAUCUGGCAAACAGAUUGUGAUCACACAAAUGGAAAUGAUGUGGAUAGGGUUUAGGGGAAUGGUGGAGAAUGCAUCCACGACGCUUACCUUCUUCCAUUCCCUCGCCACUCUUUGUUUCAUACUUCCCAAACAUGGGACACUACACUAUACUUCACCCAGGAUCUUGUCUGAGUACAAUGCCAACUAUAUUGGGCCCUGUUGGGCUUUGGCCAAAGCCCAUUAGAGCUAUAUUCCAAGUGACAAAUAUUUGAAAUAAUCAUCUUCAUCAGUAACAGCUGUUUAUUUAUUUAUUUAAUUAAUGAACUAAUUAGGGUAUAAUAAUUUAAAAUUUGAAAUCAUGUGAGGACACUAGAAUCCAGGUUGGUCAAUAGAUACUGCUGCUGCUGCAGAGAUGCAGCUAAAGUGCGAGCGGACGCUCCUCCGCAUUAAAUAGCGGGCGGGAAUGAAAGCAGCCUUAAUUUCAAAAACAUAACAUAAUAAAUCAAUAGAUGUUUAAAAUAUUCAAAUAAAUAGAGUCCUCUCUGUCUCUCUCUUUCUGAUUCAUUCAUACAUUGAUUCAAGAAGCGUCACGUGCUCCGGCCCUAAUUGAUUGAUUUUGGGGCUAAUAGUCAUCGGCAGCCAUUGUUUUUGUAGCUCACAACUGUAUGCUGCUGCUGCAGGUAGGUGUUCAUUCUGUCUGGGAGGGAUCGUUUCCAACAUCCUCACAUCUCUACUGCCAGGCUUCAUUUUUUUAUUUGCAAAUCUGAAGACGCAGACAAAACUACGAUUCCAGUUUGAGGAAUAAUAUGGAAAAGAAGAAGUGGCCAUGGAAGAGAAGAUCUUCAGAGAGGAGCCCUGGUGACAGUGAAAGCCCCGUAUCAGGCUCAUCGUCUUCCCAGUCAGAGAGAUACUCUGAUGAACAGGGCUCAUCAUCGAAAGAAUCUUCAAAAGACGAUUGUGCAUCGCCAGACAUCAUCACCAAAGCUGCCGAUGAUGAACUUCAAGAAACUAUCAAGAAUCUGACCGAGAAGCUAUCUGCUGCUCUUGUGAAUGUCAGCGCUAAAGAAGACUUGGUUAAGCAACAUGCCAAAGUGGCCGAAGAAGCUGUAGCUGGCUGGGAACAGGCGGAGAAUGAAGUGGUGGUGUUAAAGCAGCAACUCGAGGCUGCAGAGGUGCAGAAUUCAAGCAUGGAAGUUCGAAUCACUCAUCUUGACGGCGCCCUUAAGGAAUGUGUUAGGCAGCUGAGACAGGCGAGAGACGAGCAGGCAAAACUGAUAUCUGAUGCUGUAGAGGAGAGAGGCCGGGAAUGGGAAUUGACAAAGGCUAAACUGGAGGAGCGAAUUCUAGAGCUCCAGGCUGAGGCAGAAGCUGCCAGAAUCGAAAACGCAGCAUGUAUUGAUCCUAAGUUUCUCCUCAUCGUCGAGACAUUGGAGAAAGAGAACUCGUUGCUCAAGCAAGAGGUGAUGUCCAAGUGCAAAGAGAUCGAAGCAAUAAGAAUCGAGAGGGAUUUAAGCACACAGACAGCAGAAGCCGCGAGCAAGAUGCAGUUGGAGAGCGUAAAGAAGAUUGCUAAGCUUGAGGCUGAGUGCAGACGCCUCCAAUCUGCGGCUCGGAAAUUGGCUCCAGUCAGCAAUUCAAAAACCUGUUUUUACGCGGAGUCGCUGACGGAUAGUCAUUCAGACAGCGGGGAGAGGUCGCAGGCGCUAGAUAACGAUCAAAGCUGCUCGGACUCGUGGGCCUCUGCGCUGAUCACCGAGCUCGAUCAGUUCAAAAGCAAGCCUCUGCAGAAAGCUAUUACAACCUGCUCCUUCGAAAUUGAUAUGAUGGAUGAUUUUCUGGAAAUGGAACGCCUGGCUGCGAUGCCGGACACCAAGAACAAUACUCCAUUUACAGCUUCAGAAUCGGUUUCCGGGGAGUCAUCAAGUUGCACAGACAAUCAUCCGCUGCGAGGCGAGCUAGACUCAACAACUCAACGGCUCACUGAAUUGGAGAAGAAGUUAGAGAAAAUGGAAGUCGAAAAGGCUGAGCUCGAGAGAACGCUGGAUGAAAAGCAAACCUCUCUUGAAGCUGCACAGCAUCGAAUGGCUGAACUUGAGACGAAGUUGGAAGACAUGCAGAAGGAUUUGAAUGCAGCAACUGAGGCUAAGGAGUUGCUCGAAGCGCAACUCAUUGGUGCGGAAGCGGAGACAAGAACGAUGUCUGCAAACAUCUGUUCAUUGAAGAAGGAUAUUGAAAAGGAGCGAUGUUUAUCAUCUGAACUGACUGUCAGAUGCCGCGAACUGGAGAAUGAUCUAUCAAGAACAGUUCAGGAAUGCAACACUAAUUCAGAUGAUGGAGCAAAAUUAAAAGAGGAGGGUCUAGCAGUUGCUGCAGAUAAGCUUGCAGAAUGCCAGAGAACGAUUGCGUCGCUGGGAAAGCAGCUGAAAUCUCUCGCGACGUUGGAAGAUUUCCUGAUAGACACUUCAAACAUUCCGGGCUUCUCCAAAUUACCUAGCAGUGGCACUAUUAAUGACACGGAACCAUCAAGAGAAACAUCAAGGGACACCAUAUGUGUUCCCGAUGAAAAUGGGAGGGCCGAGGAAUCUGCUGCUAAGAACAGGAAUGGAUUCGGGAAAUUUUUUCUCACAUAGUAAGGCUGUCUUAG